AUGGAGUCAAUCAGGAGGACAUAUGCACACUGCAUUAAGCCUGUUCCAAGUCCAGAAUUUUGGGCAAGAACUGAGUUCUCGAAGCCAGACCCACCCAUUAUCAGAAGGCCAAUUGGACGGCCAAAGGUUCAUAAUAGGCAAAAAGAUCCUGCUGAGCCACUCAUGCAAGGGGGAAAACUGAAGAAAUCAUUCACUGUAUCUUGCAGAAAGUGUGGUGAGACGGGCCACAACUACAAAACAUGUAAGGAAGCUCCUUCUAACCCAAACUGGAAGCCAAAGACAAGGCGCCCUAGGAAGAAAGCAGCUAGCUCCUCCCAGUCACUAAUUGUGCUUCCUUUGUCACAAUCUGCUCCCCCACCAGAGGAUGCAUCCAACAGCCAACCAGGCAGCUCAUCAAGCUUGCAACAAAAUCCCACUGUUGUGAAUGCACCUGCCCCAAGUCAUCCACCUAUUGCACCAGCUCCAACAAGGGUGACAAGGUCCACACUUGUGAUUUCACCUCCAGGGCCAACAGCUACUCAAGCCAGGCCACCUGCCCCGACUUCAAGUCAUCCAUUUAAAUCUCCAGGAAAAGCCAAUGACACAACUCGCCCACAAUAG